UUACUUUCCAAUUUUAUUACACUUGAUUUUAUUUAAACGCUUAAUUUUGGAUUACAUUUCAGGACUUACUGUUAGUUUGUUUUUGUUAAACAUGACUUUGCUACAUCAUUUCAUAAAUGUGAUCCUUGACAUGACAAAAAGUAAACCUAAAUUAGCUGAAAGUAAAUACUGAUAAUAACUUCUUUCAUUGCAAAUAAUGCAGCACAAAGUGCCAAAGACACUUUGUGACUAGUGCAGGCUCCUGGCUGAGGGCUGCUGUGAGGAUCACCCCAAGGGAUCAGUCAGAAGGGGUUGUGAUAGCCCAGCAGCACUAAUUCUGUCUGCCCUGGGCUGGGCACAUGGUCAUCUUUCUCAUGACUUGCUCCCAGUACAUGGGGAAAAUUCUGUGCCAGCUGCAGAGGUGAGAUAACAGCUCACCUGAAGAAAGCCUGAAAAAAAUCCAGCAAUGAUACUAAAUAAACACAAACUUGCAGAAGUCUAGACUGGGCCAGCACUUACUAUCUGGUACAUGGGGCACCAAAGCCCUCUUCUAGCUGUUACUUUUCAACCUCAAGCUCUUCUGGAAAAUUUCUUCUAUUUCACAAAGUUCUAUCCAAGAGGAAUUUCAUUCAGGUUAUUUGGUUGGCCCACACACAAUAAACUUCAGGAUGGAGAUAUAAAUUUGCACAAUUAACUUUAGUCUUACAAAUUUCUAUCCUGUAGACAUAAUUCCUUGUCAGUAGUCAAACUGGAGACUGAUGGGAUUGCCCAUCCAGCUAACCAUGUCUUUAAAUUCACCUAAUCUUUUAAAUGAAGAAAAUGCUGAAGAAGCCAAAAGAAAUACUGAGUGUUUGGAAAGGCUGCUGCAGACUCCAUCAUCGUUUCAAGAUAAUCCACUGCAACAAUUACAGUUAGCAUCCCAGGAAGUACUGGAGAAGGCAAAAAAGAGUGGGAGAUCAAAAUGCCCCCGAUGCAAUAGUUCAAGGAUGUUUUAUUGUUAUACAUGCUUUGUUCCUGUUGAAACUGUCCCUACCACAGAAAUUCCAACUGUGAAGUUACCUUUGAAGAUUGACAUUAUUAAACACCCCAAUGAAACCGACGGCAAAAGCACUGCUGUGCAUGCUAAGCUCCUGGCACCUGAUGAUGUUACAAUUUAUAAAUACCCUUGCAUUCCAGAAUAUGAAGAGAAGAGACACGAAAUAGCACUUGUAUUUCCUGGCCCCAGUUCAGUUUCUGUAAAAGACAUUGCUUUUCAUCUCCAAAAGUACACUAAGAAAGGUGUCUAUGCUAGUGACGAUGACUGUUCCAGAGAACCACUUCUAAAACAAGCAAAAAUAGAACCUGAAGAAGAUAAAACUUCAAAUGAAUGCAUCUCGAGCAGCAGGAGUGAAGGCACUAGACUGAAGAAAAUAAUAUUUAUUGACAGUACCUGGAAUCAAACUAACAAGAUAAUAACUGAUGAACGACUUCAAGGGUUACUGCAAAUCGAGUUGAAGACACGGAAAACAUGCUUUUGGCGUCAUCAGAAGGGAAAACCAGAUACAUACCUUUCCACAAUAGAAGCAAUUUAUUAUUUCCUUGUGGACUAUCAUCAGGAGAUUUUGAAAGAGAGCUACAAAGGACAAUAUGAUAAUCUGCUUUUUUUCUUUUCAUUCAUGUAUACAUUGAUUAAAGAUGCCAAGUGUUGUGCUGGAAAAGAGUAAACUGUCUGUUGGUGCAUGACACUACUAUUUUUUUGUAAUAAUAAACUGCACAAACACAACUGGGAUAUUUUUUUGGAAGUAGAUUGUACUCUAAAUAAUGUCCAGAAGGGAACUGCAGACCUCAUCCUGCACACUUGAGGUUGUAGAAGGGCUCAGAUAAGCAGUCUGAUGAGAGUUAUUUAUUUGAGAACAGUUACAUUUUGCUAAAUAUUGCUGUACUUCAGCCUACAGGCCUGAUGUGCUGACUGUGAUGAGCACAUUUCCGGAGAUGGGAGUGGAGGAUUUGAUCCCUCUUGCCAUAAGGAGUGAUCUCUUUUAACUGUAAGAAGGAAGUAGCAUGCUGGCUUUUCAGAUGUUUUCUUUGUGCUUUACACAGCAAUACUGAUUUCACCUUCAUGGCAUCAAAGGCCUACUGAAAUGAGCAGGUGGUGUUUAGCUGCCAGGGAGAGUGGCAGCAAUACAGAAUGAAAGACCACAUUAAUUGAAUAUGAAUUAUAUACUUUCAGAUUAAUUCUGGAAAAUUCUUCCAGUAAUAAAAAAAUGGUCUCUUUAAACACUGCUAUACAGUGCAUGAUUUCUGUAGUACCAUUCAUGUACUGUUAUAUAGGAUUAUUCUCCACUUCUUGGGUAAUUUUAGACUUCAAACAAAUUUAGUUGUUUAUUACUGAUAUAUAAUAUCAUUAUUUGGGCAAGCACUCACCUAACAAAUGUUAGGCACCAAAAAUAAAAGAUGGUGGUUUCUGACAAGAAAUUAGGCAGGCUGUGAAUCUGCUCUGCGUUUCCUUUUGCAGUAAUGGGGCAGAUUAGAACAAUAUAAGUAAGACUUAGUGCUGAUUGUUUUGUCAUAGGUGUAAUGCUGCUGUCAGAAUCAUCACAUGUGAAUGUAGUUUUGCCAAGUUAUACCAGCACAGCCAAUGCUGGCAGAGGUAAUAGACCUGAGCUACAACUUUAGAGCAGAGUUAUAUGAAUCUAUUUUGGAUCAUACAUUGAUAAAAAUUACAUUCCUAAGGUAGAAAAAAUGUUUCAUUAGAGGUACAAUAUAAGAUGGAUAAAUAUUUCUGAAUAUUCUCAGAAAUGUGUUACUUAAGACAAAAUACAAUCUUGUCAAAGUGACAGACUGUAAAAUUACAAUAGAUUAUUUUUUAAA